AUGCAACGAAUAAAACGACAAGAGAAUGAUGAUAUGGUUCAAGUUUCAAAUAGUAAUAAAAAACAAAAAUUAGAAAAUCAAAUAACAAUAAUCAAUUCAAACAAAUAUCGUCUUGAAGACUUAGCUAAUGAAAUUCUUUAUGAAAUAUUUGAAUAUCUUGAUGUAUAUGAUAUUUAUAAAGGAUUUUACAAUCUUAAUAAUCGAUUUCAAAAUUUAGCUAUUAAUUCGAAUAUUUUAACUAAAAUCAAUAUUUUAACAAUAUCAAAAUCAAAUUUCGAAGAUUAUUAUCAUAAUAUACUUAUACCAAAUCAAAGUCAAAUUAAUUUUCUUCGUUUAUCAAAUCCAUUUGUUACCGAGAUUAUUUUCUCAGAACCACGUUUGAUUUUAAAUUUCAUUCAUCUUGAAACAUUAAUUCUUUAUAAUAUACAAAAUAAAAAUUCUGACAAAUUCUUUGACUAUUUAAUAUGUUUAUCUACUCUUCAUGCAUUAACUAUUUCUUUUGCUGAACAUAUUUCAUUAUUAGAUAUUAUUUUUUCUCAAAUAUUUCGAUUAUCGACAUUAAAAUAUUGUAAAAUUGAAUAUCAACAAUUCUUUGGUUAUUUUGCUAAUUAUGAUUCUAGUCCAAUAGAAUAUUUAAUAAUAAAUGGUCGUUUUCCAUUUAGGGCAUUUCAUAAUUUAUUAUGUUGUCUUCCUAAACUUCAACAUUUAUCAAUUAAUUCUCUUGUUAACUCUCAUAAUUAUCAAGAAAGAAACAAAUUAUCUUCUAUUCAAUUAAAAUAUUUAAAACAUGUUUCUCUUAAACUUGAUUACGUACGUUUUGAUGAAUUUGAGAAAAUUAUCAAAGAAUUUUUUCAUCAUAUUCAAAUUUUACGUCUUACAAUAGUGAAUGAUGAAGAUGAAACAUAUUUAGAUGCUAAACGAUGGCAACAAUUAAUCUUAUUUCAUAUGUCAUAUUUACGUAUAUUUGAUAUUAAUCAUCAACGUUUUCUAAAUAAUAUUAAUUUAAGAUAUCAUGAUGUAAUUAAUCAAUUUAAUUCUUCAUUUUGGAAUGAAAAGAAAUGGUUUUUUACACAUCAACAUAAAUGGAAACACGAAUUAGCUACUGGAAUUUUUUAUUCGACUGGUCCAUAUCGAAGAAAAGAUUAUACGUAUUAUUGGGAGAUAGAUGACGAACUUGAUUUAUAUCAUCAAAGAGAAAAUUUCAACUCAGUCAAACAUCUUAAUAUUGCGUGUGAAAUAAAACCAAAUCGUCGAAAUUAUUUUUUAAAUGUUAAUCAAUUAACUAUUGAAUAUUAUGAUGAAGCAUUAGAUGAUGAUUCAUUUAUAACAAAUCUUAAGUGUAUGAUUCCUUUAAAACAACUUACAAAAUUAGUUAUUAAACUUUUUCGUUUUCCAUUAGAAGAAAUUAUUAAAUUAUUACGUUUAACACCUAAUUUAUACACAUUACAAUUUGAUGCAUAUUCUUUGCAAAAGAUUAAUUCAAAUUUCACUAAAUACAAUAUACUUUUACAAUAUGUAUUAAAAAAAAAUAAAAUUGAAAAUUUAGUUGUUACUAAUACAUGUUCAUUGAAUCAAAUUCGAUUCAUUGUUGAUGUAUUUUCGAAAUUAAAAUAUCUUAAAAUUGGAAUAAAUAUCAGAGAAAGAUCAUCAAUAAUUCAAUAUUUAUUAUCAAAAACUCAUAAUCAAGCACAACACUUAUGUUAUUUAUGCAUUUCAAAAAUUCAAGAAAAAUAUUUAAAAGAAAUAAAAGAUUUAAUUAAAUUAGAGAAUUUACUUGAUAAUUACUCUAUUAAAUACAUUAAUGAUGAUUUACAUUUAUGGUGGUAA